AUGGAAUCGCAAGAUCGAGGGCCGUGGGAGGCCUCGGAGGGCUCCUGCUACGUCGCCCUCACCUACGACGUCCUCGACGCCGCAUCCGUCAUGAACCGAGUCCGCUCGCCCCAGGCCGGGGCCAUCGUCCUCUUCUCCGGCACCACGCGCGACAGCUUCGGCGACAAGCCCGUCAAGGAGCUGCAGUACAGCGCCUACACCCCUCUGGCCCUGCGCACCAUGCUGUCCAUCGCCAAGGGCGUCCUCGAGAGGCACGGCCUCAAGGGUGCCGCCAUGGUCCACCGCCUCGGCACCGUGCCCAUCGGCGAGGAGAGCAUCCUGAUCGCCGUGUCGUCGCCGCACAGGCAGGCGGCCUGGAGGGCGGGCGAGGAGGCCCUGGAGGAGUGCAAGGCCAAGGUCGAGGUGUGGAAGCGGGAGGAGUUCCACGGCGAAGAGGGCGUGUGGAGGGCGAACCGAGACGGCAUCGCGGGGCAGAAGGUGUCCGACGCGGAGAAAGAGGCCGGGGGACCAGAUGCAGCCAUGAUUCCAUGA